AUGAAAGCAUUUAGUUCUUCUAUAGAGGAGCAACCGGUGGCUAUGCAAGCUGCUGAAAUGGGGGCAUUUGCACUGGCUCAUUUUAUACAGCAACCGGUGCUGGCGGCACGGAAGAAAAUGGUAGUGGCUCCUGUGGAUUGUCUGGUAUUUCAGGCACUAAAGGAGGUGGAAAAUAAAGUUGGUGGUGAUAAUAUUGGUAGAAAAGGUGUUGGUGUAAACUCAUCAACUGGUGGCAAAUCUUGUUGUGGUGGUGGAUUAAAUAAAGGCAAUGGUGGUGGUAGUCCUGGUGAUGGUAUUUCUGGUUCUGUUGGUGGGUCAAAUAUUGGAACUAAAGGUGGCGCUGGUGUAAACUCAUCAUCUGGUGGUGUGUCUGGUUCUGUUGGUGGAUCAAAUAUUGGGACUAGUGGUGGUGGAGGUGUGACUUCAGGUGGAGGUAAAAGCCACGGAUUUAUUGGUGAUGGUGUCACUUCAGGUGGUGGCGGUGAAAGGACUAGUGGAGGUGGUGGAAAUUCUAAUGUUUCUGGAGGAGGAGAUGGUAUUGUUGGCGGUGGAGAAGGAACCAAUGGUGGUGGUGGUGGUGGUGGAGGGGAUGGUGGAGGUGGGGAUGGUGGUGGUGGUGGAGAAGAGGGUGGUGGAGACGAUGGGGGCGGUGACGAUGGUGGUGGAGAUGUAACAACUGGUGGUGGUGAUGGGACUACGGGAGGUGGUGAUGAUACUAAAGGAGGUUGCACUGUUGGUGGUGGAGAUGGAACAAUUGGAGAAGGAGAAGGCACUAAAGGAGGCAAUGGUGGAGUUCUCCUGCUAGGAGGGGAGGGUCUUGGCGAGGGCAUAAAGGGGUUGUCCGGUGAGGGGGAAGUUGGGAAAGGCCAUUGGUUACAGGUUCCAAAUAGAAAUGAGGUUGGUGAGUGGGAUGGGCCAAUCGAAAGGUUCGGCAGAGCUGUUAGUGGGUUUGUUGAGAAAAGGAUUGGGAUUGAAAGUAGAGGAUCGAAAGAGAUGUUGGAAGUUCAGGCAACAGUGGGCCACUAG